AUGAUACCCUAACUAUCAUCAUUUAAGGCUCCUAAGUAAAGACAAAUAACCACAACAACAAGCAGCAAUACAUAUUUUCUAAAUUCAUAAAGAAAAUUAAAGUAGCCUUCUAAAUAUAUUUUAAGCUUCCUUACAACCAGCAGUCUAUAAUCAAUUUCAUACACGCAUACAAGUUAGGUAUUAAAUUAAACGCCUACUCUUAUUGAUAUCAAAGAUGUUAAAAAGGAACAGAAUCAGAUUUAAGCUAUACCUCCUUCUUUCAUGGAGCUUUAUGAUGAAUUUGAGAAUAAUUACAAAAUUGUGUAGAAGAUUAAAACUGAUCUCAAUAUCUCAUUGGAUAUAAAGACAGAGGAAAAACCUCAUUAGAGUUAGGUUAGAAGCUAAAACUCAAUAAAGAAUCCUUCUCAAGCAGAAACUCGAAUUGCAAAUUUAUAGUUUUGUGAUAUUGAUUAAGAGUUGAAUUAGAGAUUACAUAUUAAUCGCUUUAAAUUUUAUUAUUUCCGAGCUUCCAUAUCGAAAUAAUAAUCUCCUCUAUUACUCACAAUUCAAUUUGAAAAUCAAAUAAAUUCUGCCUAAUAUAAAUUAUAUCUUUCUACUCAGCAUGAAUUUCCUACUAAAUUUAAUGCAGAACAUAAUCUCACCUCUAAUUUUUGUAAGAUCUAUACAAGCAGUCCGGAAGGCAUAUUUCAAGAAAACUACCUUUACGUAACCUUCUAUACAGAAAUUGAUGUAAUUGUAAGAAUUAAAAUAUAAUUUGGUUGGGUCCAAUAGAGUAAAUCGCCCAAAAAGUAAAUAAUAAAAAGAGAGUAUCCCAAAUUCCCAGGUCUGAUAGCAAAUACAAAAAUUGAUUUAAUUAAAAGGAAUCUUGAUACAAGUCAAUUUCAAUUGGUAAAAAAAACUGAUCUCUUGGCUGGAUUACUUAGUGAAAGAGAAUCGAAAAGGAAGUAAGUUAUCUAAAAAAAAUAAGAGAUUGAUUGCGAACAAAAGAUAAAAUUAAAAACAUAAUACAGUGCCUAAAUGCUAAGAAACGAUUACAGAUUAUUUGAAAAGAUUUAUAAAUUAAAGUUGAAUAAAAAAAUAUAAGGAGAAUUGUUUUGGGCCCAACUUGUCAAUUUAAUUAGGUUUAUUGCUCAACUUAAAACUAAAUUGAUAUAAUUUAAAUGCAAGAUGAGCAUUAAGGCCAAUGGGAGAAUUAAAGCUUUAAGAUGUGGAUUAAAUCUAUUGAUUAAUAUCAGGAAGUUCGGACCAACACCUGAGAGAAGAUCAUUUUGUAAAAGCUUAUUAGCAAUUCAAAUGUUUACUGCCUAAAUUCAAUGUUUAAGAAAACGGAAAGCCCAAGCCAUUGCUACUUCAUUUAUUAAGGAAUGUAUCUCUAUUAUCCAUUUGGGACAUAGACUACUCAAGACUAGACAUUAUGUAAUAGUCCUGUAGAACAAGUUCAGAUUCUUUUAGAGAUAGAAGAAAAAGUAUUACGAGGAGUUUUGGCAAUUGGUAAUACGGAACUACAAGGAAGUUAUAAGGGGACUUACUCAAAGUCAAAGUAAUCCAAAAUAGAGGAGCAGGAGUUAAAAAUAAAUUUAUGCUUUUCAAAUUGAUAAUCAAUUAAUGCAAUUCUAGAUAGAUAAUUAUUAUUGUAGGCAAAAGCAGAUGUGGUUGGCAUUUAUACGUCAAAAGAUUCAAGACAAACAACUGACUCUUUAUUUAAAUGAGAGAAAAAGCGAUGAGAUUAGAAAAGCCUUGAUUAAGUUUCAAGAGCCUAAACUGUUCUAACUUCCACAAAUUAAUGAAGUGGCUGAAAUAAUUGAGUUGUAUGCAAAACAUAAAAAAAUGAUUUGA